CAACACAUUCACACGUUGCGCUUGUGUAGUGUUUGUGAAUAAGCGCGUGGCGUGACAUCACACUGCAUGCGCAUCAUGAAAAGUCUGCCCAUCUCUCUCUCGCGCGGUCUAGCUUAUGAGUGUGAAGGGGAAAGUUAAUGUUUUGCUUUUAUUAAUGCUUAAUAUAGCGCGGUCUUGUUUUAUUAUUGUUUUAAUCUUGAAUUAUCAUUGUCUAAUUAUAAUUGCAUAAGUUGAUAAAAAAUGCUAUGCAAUAGCUUUACCGCGGCAGUUCCCGAGUGCCACACGCUUUUUAUUGUUAGUAUGAGAGUAAGAGCACUAAAGUGCGGCCCUGUGCCAGACUUUCUCCGUUACAACAUCAAAAAUGGCGGACGUCUUGUUAACGCGCUUGGCCAUUGAGACGCGCGCGCAAUCAACAGCCGACUCGUGUAAUACGUGUUUUUAUAUUUCGAAUGUUUUUUCCUCCUAAUUAUAAAAACAAAAUAACAUUUAACAUUCAACCGUAUCGAAGUGGAAUGCGACCUGUUUGGUGUUUUGGAUUGCAGUUGGUUUUUUUUUUGUUUUUCUUCGAAAUUCGUAUAUAUUCACAAAAGUACGGUGAUCGGUGUCAGUCUGAUCGGUGAAGGUUUUUAUAAAUUCUUAUUUAAAACAAUAACUUGAAAUAAAAUUUGUUGUCCAAAGAUUUCAUAAAGUAUAUAUGUAUAAUAGUUAAUCAUACGCCUGAGAAGCUUACUAUUUUUGAUCUUUUAAGUGUAUUUUUCUCUAUAAAAUUUGAUUACAAGAACGAAUAAUUUUUUAACGUAUUCAGUGUUUUUUUUAUUGCGUUUAUAGACAAACGUGUAUGCGGCCCAUCUGAUGCAAAACCGAAACAUAAUGAAAUGUGUUAAGCUGAGGUUAGGAUGAUUGAAAUUUAGAACAAAAUGUUUGGCUUCCGGAGAUCAUUGGUUGAAGCCGUGGUGUUCCUCUCGUGGCUCUUAGAAGACUGGACAUUCGGCUCCAGCGUCCUAUGGCACGUGUAUUUUACUCUCUGGAUCUGCAGCCUCGUCCUGACCGUGACCACAUACGAUCAUGACUACUGGAAGGACAGAGGCAUAUUCUCACCCCCGGCCUUGCCCGUGGUUGGACAUAUACUGUCUGUUGUCCUAUUCAGGGAGCAGGGAGGGAUGUGCUUCAAAAGGAUCUAUGAUACGUAUACAGAUCAACGGUUUUUAGGUACGCAUCAGUUCUAUCAGCGCACGUUGGUAAUCAGAGAUCCAGAGCUCAUUAAAAGGGUCUGCGUGAACGAUUUCCAGCAUUUCGUGGACCGUGGAUUCUUCUUCAACAAGGAAGUAGAUCCUUUGGCUGGAUCGGUACUUUUCCUGCGAGGAAACGAAUGGAAAAAAUUAAGAGCCAAAAUUUCGCCAAUCUUUUCGCCGAACAAGCUACGAGGAAUGUUCCCGUUGAUAGACAACACAGCCGAUGAGUUCGUCAUACGUUUGAGGAAACGAAUCAAAAACAAGAACAAGGAUAUCGAAAACGUGGACAGCAAUUCUAAUAUAGAAGAUGCUUAUGCGCUGGUGGACUCUGAGGAGUUGGUUGGGGGGUAUACAGCCGACGCGAUAGUACCUUGCGCCUUUGGACUGAAGAGUCUAGUUAUGGAUAAGCCUGACGAUCCAUUUGCGGUUGCACUUCAAGCGUUUUACGAGAAAUCUUUAUAUAAUGUAUUUGAAAAAACGAUGCGUCAGUUCUGGCCAGCAUUCGUCCUCUUCUUUAGAAUGAGGAUAAUACCGAAGAAGACUCACGAUUUCUUCCAUAACGUCGUGACAAGCGUGCUCAGAGCUCGCGAAAGUGGUGAACAGGAGAAACGUGGUGACUUCAUCGACAUGAUGAUGAAUCUACGAAACGAUGACGCCAAUAAUAAAAAAACAGACGAUCCUGAUGAAGUAGAAAUAACGGACAUAGUAAUCUCCGCCAACGCAUUUAUUAUAUUCCUUGGUGGAUUUGAAACUACUUCUUCGACCUUAGCGUUUCUCUUCCUCGAACUGGCAGCUGAUCAGAGGGUCCAGGAGAAGAUGAGACAGGAGAUUAGAGAGGUGUUGAGCCGAAAUGACGGAAAGAUGACUUUUGAGAUCUUACAAGAGUUAAUCUACAUGGAGAUGGUAAUACAAGAGACCCUGCGUUUGUAUCCACCCUUUCCAAGCAUACAACGUAUGUGUACCAAAGACUAUCUUAUACCGGGAACCGAGAAAGUCGUUGAGAAAGGCACAAUAGUUCUGUUUCCGACGCUGGGAAUCCAAAGGGACAACCAAUACUUCGAACGCGCGGAUGACUUUUAUCCUGAGAGGUGGUCAGGAGGGUUCGUCCCUCCGCCAGGAGUCUAUAUGCCUUUUGGGGAUGGACCUCGUUAUUGUAUAGGUAAAAGGUUCGCAAUGAUCCAGAUGAAGUGCUGUCUAGUCAAAGUGUUGCAGUACGUCGUGAUCACGCCGGCGUCUCCUGCUCAGCCGCGGACCAGACCCUUCGCGGCAGACUGUUGCUCUCCCCAAACCCUCCACCCCGACAACUCCUUAGUCAAACUGAGCCUGUUAUGACAGUAUCAUCUUUGAUCCAAAACCAACCAGUCGUGAUAUACACGUAAUCUUAUAAUUUAUUAUGUAAUUCGAUUCUGUUUGUUCGUUCGUAAUCGCGCUAAUGGUUUAAGCCAGUGUUUCCCAACCUUUUUUGUGCAAUGCCCCACUGUAACGUUUCUAAAAUUUUUAUGCCGCCCCCAUACAUAAUUUUUAACAUUAAAAUAUUGAUUUGUUCACUUAAGAAACAUAAAUGAUAGGUUUUAGGAAAAAAUCACUAUGAAAUUGUUAUCAAAACACUGUAAUUAAUAUUUUAAAACAUAUAAUACAGAAUUGAAAUUUAAAUUCAAAAUAAUUUUAAUACAUAUUUUUAAUAUUCAUUUAGUGCGAUUGCCCCCCUUAAUUAUCAAAUUGCCCCCUUGCGGGGCGUGGGCUCCAUGUUGGGAAACACCAGUUUAUGUGAUUGAUUUGAAACUACGGCCAGCUGUUGUUGGCACCUUAGCGAAGCUAUUCCGAAGGAUGGAGGCUAUUUGGUUUAAGCGACGUCCUUGCAAAUUUACAGGAGAGAAAUUUAAAUCAUAACAAAUAAACAUAAACUUCUUUAACUAUUUGAAUGGAGUAAACUUAAUUGAAGUUCAAUUAAACGCAUCGAACUGUUGAUGCUAAUAUCAAAUAAAAGGCACCUCUAAUUAUUAUUACAAAGAUAAUUCGCCUUUUCGCAUUAAAAGUGUAAAUUUUCCAAGAAUAUUCGGAAAUGAGUUAAUAUGCGUAAACAUUUGGUAUCACCAGUAUUAUUCUCAUAAAUACUCAUAAAAAGCGUAGUUUAGUUUUAGUUUACCUAUGUUUUGACUACUAUUAACAAAAUUAAUACGUAAUUUUAUCUUACUUUAAAAGACAGAUAAUGUAACUGUUAAAAAUUAAAAAAAUAAAUGUUGCAAUUAAGAUUCAUGUUAAAAAUAUAUAUAUAUCUAUUAUAUUAAGCCUUUAAAACGCUCUCCUGUAAAAUUGGUAAGUUUUAGAGAUUAUACAGUUUUAUUGCGAGAAGACGAAAUGUCGCGUAUUUAGCAGAAUGUCGCUCAAACCAGAAUAGCUCACCCCUUGAUUUGUACCUUAUGAUUCAGCACGAUGCGAAAUUUAUUUGUUAUAGUCGGUAAUGGAAUCAAUCGGGAAGAGGGAAAUAUAUUGAGAAACAUAUAUUGCUAAAUAGAUGUUAUAUAGUAGAAUAAAUUCGGUAACACCUAAAUCGCGUUGAUGCUAUUUUCAAAAUGUCUUAGCAUGUGUGUGUGCUUCAAUCUGAUCCAAACGAGCAAAUGACAAGUGCUCAUUAAAAUAUAUUCCUCUGAAGCUCUCCAUAACUUGAACCGAGGUAAAGGAUUAUUUUAAGUUUAAUAUUAACUAGAUGAUGACCGGAUUUGAUAACGCCAUCUUGUUGUGUCUUUAAAGCGGUUAGUUGCCCUCAAUUAAGAAAAAUAGUAUUAUUAUUCGCCAAUAGAUGUCGGGAAGAGUUGAUUAUUGAAAACACGAAUAAAACAACAUUUUCUGAAAAUAAGAUAAGAUUAACAGAGCAUACAUUGUAAUAUAUUACCACGCAUACCAAAACAAUAUGUAAUUUUAAAUUAAGAAUGUCUAGAUAAAUGUUUCCGGUUAGACAUUUAACUAUUUUCUCGGUUUAGAUCUUAUUUAAGUACAUUUGCAUUGUGCUUAUUAUUUUGUGCAAUUAAUUAUGAAGGCGUCAGAGAUGACUGAGCGAUCUUUUCGUCGCCAGUUGCUUUCGGUAGAACCGAGUUUAUUCGAAUAAAAGUUUUUUUUAAAUAA